GCCAGUAGGUGGUGGCACGCAAGUGUCAUUUAUAGUCCGUAUGUGAAGUUAAAGGAAAGCAGUGAGGCACUUUUGAUGUGAGAAACUUAGUAAAUUAAAACGGUGGACGAGAACGACUCGAGAAAACCACGAUUCGGUCACGAACGAAACACCACUAAUAGUGACUGUGUUGCGUAAUAUACAGCUGUCUAGGUUUUAAAACAGAGUUAGACGAAGGUAAACAAAGCAGCAGUCUGUAUAACAGUACUUAAAGACAAACCACUGACUAUGUUGCGGAAGAAUAAACUUAUUUGGGACAUAAGAAAACGCGCUGUCGGUGUGGAUGAAAGAACCGACUUUAUACGAACAAAUUAUUUAGACAGACUGGAGUUUGUCCAGAGACUGAAACUUGAAGCCUCACUUGAUGUUCAUAAUGGCUGUGUCAAUACUAUUUGUUGGAAUGACACAGGUGAAUAUAUUUUAUCUGGAUCAGAUGAUUGCAAUUUAAUCAUCACAGAUCCUUACAGAAGAAAGGUGCUUGUAACGGUCCCGUCUAAUCAUGGUGCCAGCAUCUACAGUGCCAGGUUUAUGCCUGAGUCCGGCGAUCAUUGGAUUGUGUCUGCAGCAGAAGAUGGAAAUAUUCAUUACACCAACAUCACCCGCAGCCCUGAGCUCAUCCAGUACAAAUAUACUUGCCACAAUGGGACAACCUAUCAGGUUCUCACAAUACCCAGUGACCCAAACUCUUUUCUCUCAUGUGGAGAAGAUGGAACAGUUCGAUGGUUUGAUGUCAGAUUAAAAAAUGGCUGUGGCAAAAGCAGUUGCAAAGAUGACAUUUUGGUUAACUGUCGCAGGGCAGUCAGUUCUAUGGCUGUUUCGCCCACUGAGCCGUAUUAUCUUGCCCUGGGAUGCUCGGAUAGUUCAGUCCGCAUAUAUGACAGGAGGAUGCUGGGAACCAUAUCUACAGGUUGCCACUAUAGCAGUGGAAAUACAGGUAUCUGUGUUCGUUUUGUGCCUCCUCGCCUGGCUGGACGGUCCUGCCGUGUGACCUCGCUGUGUUACAGCUCUGAUGGCCGAGAAAUUCUCGCCAGCUUCUCUUCAGAUUACAUCUACCUGUUUGAUCCUAAAGAUGACAAAGCAUCUAAAUUAAAGGAGUUGCCAAAAAACAAGGGUGAGGGGCUGCUGCGUCCCCCUGUGAAGCGUCUGAGAGUAAGAGGUGAUUGGUCAGACACGGGCCCUCUUGCACGCCCAGAGAGUGAGAGGGAGCGUGAUGGAGAGUCCAGCUCCAGCACAUCACUGAUGCAGAGAAUGUCAGACAUGUUGUCCAGGUGGUACGAGGAAGCCCAGAAUAACCGAGAUCAACCCCAGUCACGCACAACAAGAAGUACCGCUCCUGAACCAGCACAAGUGGAGCAAAGUGCAGAGACAUUGACCCACGCACAAGAUACAGCGGAUCCCUGGUCAUUUACUUCACAAGAUGGGGGCGUUUCCUCACAGUCUGUCAGCAGUGCCUCAGCAGAGCCUGUUCUUAGUCUGCACUACAGUCCAGAAGGCACCUCCACCAGCACCAUCACACUGGACUUCACCACUGAAGGCACAAACAGACGAAACAGCACAUCUGGAGAGCCAACAGCAGAUCAGGAUGACAACAGUGAGGAGAUCAACCACACGUCCUCAACAAACAACCGUCCUCCGCUCACACACAGAUUAAAUCUCAGGGGAACACUGAUCGGUGAAAGGGUUUUGAGGCGAACAGCAGCUGUUCGGAUCCAGGAGAUUUUCCGCCGAAGAAAGGAGCGGAAAGAGAUGGCAGAAGCCGAGGCGUUAAAUAUCAGGAGACCUGUUGCAAAAAUGACCUAUGAAGGCCAUCGUAACUCAAGGACAAUGACUAAAGAGGCUUGUUUUUGGGGUAAUAACUUUGUGCUGAGUGGCUCAGACUGUGGCCAUAUCUUCAUAUGGGACAGACAUACAGAAGAGCAUGUGAUGCUGAUGGAAGCUGACAAUCAUGUCGUCAACUGUCUGCAGCCUCAUCCAUAUGAGCCAUUACUUGCCUCCUCAGGAAUUGAUUAUGAUAUUAAAAUCUGGUCGCCCAUGAAAGAGUCUCCAUCAUUUAACAAAGUGUUGACAGAAGAGGUAAUUCUGCGUAAUGAGCGGAUGCUUGAAGAGACCAGAAACACCAUCACAGUCCCAGCAUCCUUCAUGCUGAGAAUGCUGGCGUCUCUCAACCACAUCAGAACAGAUCGUUUUGAAGGAGAUCAUUCAGAAGGCUCUGGACAGGAGAAUGAUGAAUGAACUGCAUAUGAAUAGCAUAUGAAUAGUAUGAAAGACUGUUUUGUCCACAGGAUAAAAAAGGUAUAUGCAACGUUUUAUCUCACAAUUUUUUUUUUCUUGCAACUGCUGGUUUUUAUCUUACUUUUCAGAAUUUCUUUUCCUUGAUAAACUCAGAAUUAAGAGAUUUAAACUUUUAGUGUUCAGAUUUUUUUUUCAAAUUGCAAGUGUUUAUUUCUGAAUUCAGACUUUCAAUUCUCUCAAUUAUACGUUUAAGAAGGAAAACAUUUGAAAAGUGAGAUAUAAACUCACGGUUGCAAGAAAAAAGUCUGAACUGUGAGAUAAAAAGUUGCAUUGAUCUGUAUAUUAUUUAUUCUGCGAUGGAAACAUAACAAAAAACACAAUUGUGAGAUAUAAAUGCAAAAUCACAAAAAAAGGUCCAAAUUGUGAGAUAAAAAGUCAGUUUGGUGAUUUUUUUUUUUUUUUGGGUGUUUGUGAAUAUUUUAUAUAUUUUGCUUAUUUUUGCAUAAUGAGCAUAUAAACAAAGACAUAUAUAAAAGAAAAGCUAGCAUCCUUUAGAUUGUCCGAAUACAAACAUUUUGUUGUUAUAGACAUAAAUUCCACUGAAAAACAAUUAGCCAAAAGAACUAGAAAAAAUAAAAGUAAUCUCAAGAUAUAUUCUUAAUUUCACAAUUUACAGUUUUACUUUUCAAAUAAUUUUGUACAACUUUUAAAAGAUAUUUCCCAUUGAAACGAGAUAAAAAUACUGAUUAAGAUUUUUCUAAAGUGAUAUUUUUCUCUUUUCUUUUGUUUGCACGUUCUUCUCAUGCUGCACCAGUGUUGGCUGAGAUCUUACAGAUGUUCAGCAGAUGCUAAUCAUUACACACCUUUAUAUACCAGUGCUGUUUAUUUUUUUAGAAAGACAGUUAUGAUAUAAAAUACAGAGUAAAGAAUAAUUUAAAUGUUCUUAAAAAAGAUUACGAAAUUACAAAUUGUUUACACCUUGAAAUGCAAUACAAAGAAACACCUGCAUAUCUGGAGCGUUUAAAGAAUAAGACAAGGUAUUAUAAAUAUUUUACACCAUUUUUUUCCACUGUAAAAAUAUCAAAUGUGAAUAUCAUGACUGUGUACAUAUACUUAAUGAAUUAAAGACUAAAUUAUAAGCUCAGUACUUGACAACAGCACCACUUUGCAUUCAUAACGGAUAGUGGUUCAUCAUUUUUGGCUGGUCUAAACAUUAUUCAUAGAUGUAUUUAAACAUGCAGGACUGGCCACAUUGUGACUUAAUAAGACAUAAAGUAAUACACAGUACUUUAAAUGUAAACAGUGCCAAACUCAUAAUUCAAAAGAUUAUUUUUCCUGUGGGUCCCUCCAUCUGUACAAACAAAUUACACACUGACCACUUUUAUACAGCUCAUUUAUAUUGAAUGUCACUACUGUUAAAAGAGACUGGGGCUAGUUGUCACAUUGACUGUAUCACAGUAAUUAUAAGGUUUUGUUUCAGACUUCUAGUUGCAUAAAUGCUUAUUUACAAGUUUGUGAAAAAAUUAAAUGUCCUACUGUCCUACACACUAAACCGAACUGAAGUUAAACUGUUUUUAGAACGAAGGUAAUUUGGUAGGCGAACCAAAAAAAAAAAAAAAAAAAAAAAACUGGUGACGAAAGAAAAAAAGGUUAUAGUCCAUUUGUAUUAAUUGAAUUUUUUGAUAUCUUCAGAAUUUCUGUAGUUUCCUUAAGGUUCUCAUUGUCACAGCAUACCCCAUAUGGUGUGAUAAAAUGCCCAGAAAAUGCCCUUAUUGUGGCUUAAUGGCAUAUUUCUAAGCAGAAAUUGUCUUUCAGCAAUAAACCUAUUCUGAGAAAUAUUCACUGGAUCAAUAAGUGUGACAAUUAGCCCCAGCCUGCCCUAUAUAGUAUAUAUAUAUAUAUGUAAAUUGUUUAAUUUAGAAAUGCAACUGCUUUUUCUAGAAGUUUAGGAUGAAUAUAAUGGCAUCUUUGCUGUAUGUGUAUCUGUCAAAAGUUUUUGAACACUAAUAUUUUUAAUGUUUUUAAUAAAGUCUCUUCUGC